AUUUUAAUAAAGUUAAUGUUGUUUCUUGUGCAUCCAUCCGGCAUUUUUUCUGCUACCGCUAGCAUCGAUGGCUGCUGCUCUGAAUGGGCCUGGUGGUUAAACUGGAGGGAGCCAGUAGAAGUUAAAUUAGUACAGAAUACCGUGUGUUCGUACGGACGGACUAUCCCGGCUAAAAGUACGAAGGGAACAUCAUCUUUCGGUAAGCGCCGGAACAAGACGCACACCCUGUGCCGUCGCUGCGGGUCCAAGGCCUACCACCUGCAGAAGUCCUCCUGCGGAAAGUGUGGCUACCCUGAGAAGCGCAAGAGAAAGUACAACUGGAGCGCUAAGGCCAAGAGGAGGAACACCACUGGCACCGGCCGUCUGAGACACCUGAAGGUCGUCUACCGCAGAUUCAGGAAUGGUUUCAGGGAAGGAACUACCCCCAAACCCAGACGUGCUGCAGUGGCCGCCUCCAGCUCAUCUUAAAGACACAUUUUUGGUUAAAUAAAUGUGGUGUUAAAACAGGA